CAUACAUUAUUCAAACAUAGGAACCAGCAUAGAAGCAGAGAUCAAACCUAACUCAUACCUCAGGCUCAUAAUGACGGAUGUUCACUGUGACAAUAUGGCACACACGCUCGCUUGCAUGCACACACACACAGACACACAGUUGGGGGAAUGAACCCAAUCAAAAACUGUACAAAAAUGUAAGAACAUCAACAUUGAUGAUAUGGAGGAUUGCCUAUUUAUUCAUCCAUAAUAAUGACAUACAAUAUGUUUGACUGCGGCUCUAUGUACUAUUCAAAAGCAUCCCUUAUCCUUGAAUAACAGGAGAAUCUCCAGACUCAUCAUAAUGUACUGAGUUUGCGACCACACAUAUCCAGUGAAUUACUGUAUCUCUGCCAGAAUGACAAUAAAACUGCUAACACAGACGAAUCCUGUGGUAACUGUCGUUUUGUGCAGGGUUGGAAGUGACGGUGGGGGGUUGUAGUUUCCUCCCGCCCAUGGUGACAGGGCCCCUCACUAGCGUUUGUCACCAUUUUUUUUUUUUUAAAAGACCAUCUCGUCGUGACAGUCACAGCCAUUAGAAGAUAAUUAGGUUGAACUCUCCCUUCGCUCGUCGUAAAAGUCCAAUCAGUAGUGACGUUGAUUCACUGUGAGGCGGCCAGCUGCCCAGGCCUGAUCGUCUAGCCAAUCUAGCCCCGGCCCUAAUAACAUUAAUUGGACCUCUUUAAUAUUUAUGGAUCAUCUUUAAGAUAAGGAGAUAUGUCUUUCUCUCCUGCUGAGCCCUUAUUUCAAAGGAUGGCUGUUCAGUGCUAGGUGAUAACCGCCUGCCAUUGUGCCUGAGAGAAACCUCAGGAAUAAUCUUGUCACAUUUUGGCAGCUUAUCUGCUAGGCUGCAGACAAGAGAGCACAGCAUGUGUACAAUUACAGACUUGGACCUCCUUCAUUGAAGACAAUGUGAAAUAGCAAAGAGGUAAUUUUCUUUCUCGAGAAAGUCAGCAAAUGUUAGUAUAACGUCAGGGUUAAGGAGUAGUCUCGCUCUGGCCUCCCUCCUACUUGGGCCUCCUAUCCUUUUUCCAAUCUCUUUUUUCUCUCUGUUCAAAGCUUCAUUAAACUUUGAAGCUGCAUAUUUCCCUUCCCGGCCCCCAUUGCCAAAGAGCAGUGAUGCAUGGGUCUAAAUGGUCAGGGGAGGAACCAGAUAAGGUGUACUUGCAGUUUGCUUCUCCCAAAAAAACCUAGCAGUUGAAAGUGAUAUUCAAACCAGGGCUUGUAUCAGACCGGUACACAGUCUUGUAUUGAUUGUAAUCAGUCGUUGUUAGGGUAUUGAUGAGUAUCAUGUUACAGUCUCCCACAUGAGACAGGGAGUCCAUGUCACGUGUUUUUGUUUGAGGAUUUUAGGAUAGGCCGUCAUAUCAGGUAGGAGGAGAUGUAAAAUGGAGGUGUCUCUAUAACAGCACACCAGAGUAUCCACUAUGAGGGUAUCCUAAAAUACAACUCAGCUCCCUCAUCUCUUCUGACCUCUAUCCACAGAUCUCACCAGCCAAAUGCACUGAGGAGGACUUGGAGCAGGAUUGAGUGAGGAGGAACUCUCUCUGUUCUGUACUCAGGAUUAUUGGGUGUGCUUUAGGGCAGAGCCGACUCAGCCAAUCAAACCUGAGAAAGUUCCCCUGACAGCCUGCUGUCCUAAAGGGGGUUGCUGUUAGAUCUGCUUGCACCUACAGUAUUCCUCUGAUCCACUGGGCCCUCCAGCCGCUCCCUGGUCUCUGAUGGAGGGCAGCCCAGAGAAGCAGAAGCCCAGCCCGCGACACCGGCCCAAACCCAGGGGCCCCUCCACACUGACUCUGGGCCAGACCCGCAGCACAGAGGACCUGUCUGAGGGCCUCCCCGGGGCCAACUUCAGGAAGGGCUUCUCCCUGCGUAACGUCAGCCUGUGUAUGGUGGACGGGGUCCGGGACAUGCUCCAGAGGACCCGGGGAGCCUCCCCAGAACCCCGCUGCUUGCUCAACGGGGAUACGGGGGGGUGUUGGAGUCCCCGCCUGCUGCGUAUGCCCCGGGGAUCCCGCUCUGCCACCCUGAGGCCCCUGCCAGCUGAGGUGCAGAGGGAAGGAGUCCUGCGCUACAUGGUGGCGGACGACUCGCACAGCAUGGGCAGCAGCGCCCAGUGGCAGAAGUGUCGUCUGCUGCUGAGGAGGACGAGAGGAGGAGGAGGAGGGGUCGCUGAAGGGGAGGGGGGCUUCCUGCUGGAGUUCUAUGUGCCGCCCAAGUCGUCGAAGCCCAAAUUGAGUGUUCCUCUGACAGCUGUCAUGGAGGUGCGGACCACCAUGCCCCUGGAGAUGCCAGACAGGGACAACACCUUUGUCCUCAAGGUGGAGAAUGGAGGUGAAUACAUCCUGGAGACAUUAGACUCCCUUCAGAAACACUCCUGGGUGGCUGACAUUCAGGACUGCAUAGACCCGGGGGACAGUGGAGAUGACAUUGAGCUGACGUCUUGUCCUCAUGGCCAGUUCCCCUCGGUGUCCACCUGUAACUGUGAGCUCACGUCUAACAUACACAAGACCCCUCAGCACCGUGCUGGUCCCUGUGGCCCCUCAGGACCUCGCUGUCGGACCCUGCUGGCCUCCCCUUCGCACCCCACCCAUGUCCCGCUAGAACGCUUCCUCCAGUCACUGGAGUCCAACAGGCCUGGAGCAGGUGAAAGUACACCCCGCUCUGAGACGGACACCUCUCUGACCUGCUACCCAUGGUUCCACGGUACACUGUCUCGAGUGAGUGCUGCUCAGCUGGUGUUGGUGGGCGGAGCCCGGAGCCAUGGGCUCUUUGUGAUUCGCCAGAGCGAGACACGCCCGGGAGAAUACGUCCUCACCUUCAACUUCCAGGGCAAAGCCAAGCACCUGCGUCUGUCUGUGGACUCUCAGGGCCAGUGCCAUGUGCACCACCUGUGGUUCCAGAGUGUGGGGGACAUGCUGCAGCACUUUCACUGCCACCCCAUCCCAUUGGAGUCCCGCGGGGCUGCAGAUGUCACGCUGCGAUGCUACGUCCAGACACAGCGCAGCCGGCCAGAGCUCCGUGUGUCUCGGUUGUCCACCCCUACCAGAGAGCCUAGCUGUCGGAACGGCCUCCACCAUUCGGCACAAUUCUUUCCCGGAGUCUUGCAGCCAGUUGGCGGAUCUGUGGACUCUCCUCUCCCCCCCAGUUCCCCUGCUCUGCCCCGCAUCCUGCCUCCCUUCCCCAGACUAGAAGAUGGGGGUAGUGGUGGCUUACGGAGUCGCAGUGGCAGCAUAGAGCAUCUUCUACCGCCCUCUGGUGGCUCAUCCGAUGAACAGCAGGAGACUGAGGGAGCACAAAGAACACGAGCAGUAGAGAACCAGUACUCUCUCUACUGAGGAACCUUGACGUCAUCUAUGACUCUGACAGCAUCAGGAUCACAUAUCUGUUUUGUCAAAGGGAUUUUGCAGGUGGUGGAACAGGUUUGGAGAGCCUUUACGCACUAAAGAUAUUGAUGAAUAAAAAAAUACAGUGGUUUGA